CGCCGUAGUGAAUAAGCGCGCUACUUCCGGCUGGAUGAAAUGGCGGGUGAUGGAGUGAGAAUGGAGGGUCUGGAGGAGGGAGAGCUCGAUUGUGAUGAUCAUGAGUCUGACGUUAGGGAGUCUGCUGCGGAACGAGUGCAGGUAUCGUCCUUCCAGAGCAGAGCAGCUCCAGCUACCAUCGCAUCUGUUGCAUCGUACCGCAGCUGCACCAACAGCGACUCCAGCGACAGCAACACUGACUCUGAUGAUGCGGCCGUGCCGUUCAGACACAAACGCCAGAAGUGCUCCAGUAUUCCUGCUCCGGUCUGGUCAGUGCCUUUGAGCGGUGCCAGCGCUCGCAAGGUCAACAACAUCUGGGGCAGCGUGGUGCAGGAGCAGACCCAGGAGGUGGUCGCUGCGGAGCUCGGCAUCAUGGGAAUGGAGGGGAGCGUCAGCAUGAGCAGCCGUCAGAGUGAGACGUAUAAUUAUAUACUAGCACGUAAGAUGAUGGAGAAAGAGCGCGAAGAGCAGGAGGAGAUGAUAAAGAACGCCCUUGAUGUGCAGCUGGAUGGCUGCUUGCAGCAGAGACACGCACAGGACAGCGAAAGUCUGAAGAGGAAGCGUCCAGCUAAAGAGAGACUCGGCCCGCGAGCGGAGAUGGACUUUAAGGGUCGAUAUGAACUGACAGAAGAUGAGCCUGAAGACAGAGUGAUCAAUGAAAUAGCACACAGACUAAUGGAGCCAAAGAAAGAUCUAAUCGAGCGUGUGGUGCGAGUGAUAGGAGUGAAGAAAGCCAUCGAACUGUUGUCAGAGACGGCGACUAUUGAACAGAACGGAGGUCUCUAUACUGUGGACGGCAGCAGGAGACGCACACCUGGAGGAGUUUAUCUGAACUUACUGAAGAACACUACCAAUAUCUCUAACAGACAGGUGAAGGAGAUCUUUUAUGAGGAGACCCAGAAAGAAUACGGCCACAAAAAUGCAGCUAAGAAGCGACGCAAGCGAAUCGUAGCAAAGAAGAUGCAAGCGAUCAGCACGCUCAAUCUGCAGGAAGACGACAAUGUGUCACGUGAAACGUUCCCUAGUGACACUGAAGAAGCACUGGGGUCACUGGAGGAGACAAAUGAUGGUCUGCCGGAUGACAACCCUGUAGUGUACAACUCGCAGGACCUGGAGGUGUUCUGAACCACAUCUACACCUCCAGUGAAAGCCUGUUGAAGCAUGUACAGAUAUUUACAUUGAGUUUUGGCUGGUUUAUCAUGUUGUUCAGUUGAAAUCUUUUUGUCUGGAUAUUUGGAAAGCUGUUGAUAAAUGACUUGUUUGAGAUAUUUGAUUUGUAACGAAAAAAUAUUUACUAUAAAUAUUUGAAUAAAACUUCCAUUUUAGCUGACUC